AUGGCUGACACGAAUAAUUCAUCGACGAUGGAGAAGAAACGUGGUGACACCACUGGAAACCAGGUAGUAUCUGACAAAGCAUUGGUCUGGAAGUCCAUGACAUUGCGCCAGAAAUGGUCUUACUUCACCAGUAAUAUCACCGUGGAGCCUAUGAUCGCCUGCUACGUGAUACCCUGUAUGCUAGCUUCUCUAGCCACGCAGAAUCUCAGCUUGGAAAAAGCGUGUAGAGUGAAUCUGGCUUAUCCUGACGAAGUCUGCACAGCAUUAGCUAGAAGGAACACGACUGGUUAUGAGAUGGAAGAAACUGCUGUUCAACAACUGGUUGCUGGCAUGCAGACAUGGAAAACAGCUUUGUCUAGCGGUUUACCUACCAUCUUGAUCCUCUUCAUGGGUGCCUGGAGCGAUCGUACAGGAUUGAGGAAGCCGUGUAUGCUUCUACCUAUCAUUGGUGAAUUUUUAAGCAGCGUUAGUAUGUUGUUGUGCACCUACUUCUUUCACGAGGUUCCUAUGGAAGCCACAGGUAUCUUCGAAGCACUUUGGCCAGCGUUAACGGGAGGCUGGUUCACCAUGUUCAUGGGUGUUUUCAGUUAUAUCGCGGAUAUCACGUCGGUAGAGUCCAGGACGCUUCGAAUUGGUGCUGCAAAUGUUUUCUUGUCGCUUGGUGUACCGAUCGGAAUGGCGUUGUCCGGAAUACUGUAUCUGAAAAUUGGAUUUUAUGGUGUAUUCGGUAUUUCGACCGUGUGUUACGUGUUGAGCUUCAUUUAUGGGUUAGUGGUGAUUAAGGAGCCACCUAAACCCCAUUUGUUGCAAAAGGCGGAAAAAACGGAGACGAAGAAGAUGACCGUGUGCGCAUCGAUCUUGGACUUCUUCGCGUUUAAGCAUAUUGAAGAGACUUUUCGUGUUGCUUUUAAACAGGGUAGAAAUAAUCGGCAGAAAAGGGUGUUGGUGCUUAUGGUCAUCGUUAUGGUUGUGAUUGGUCCACUUUACGGUGAAAUGGCAGUGAUGUAUCUUUACAUGAGAUACAGGUACCACUGGAACGAAGUUAUGUUCAGCAUGUUCACCACGUUCGCCAUGGUGACGAAUUUAAUCGGAACCGCGGUAUCUGUCGGUGUGUUCAGUCACAUUUUAAAAAUAGACGAUGCUAUAGUCGGGAUUAUGAGCUCCAUGAGCAAGAUCUUGGCUGGUUUCGUCUAUGCAUUUGCAAUCACGGACUGGAUGAUUUAUUUAGCGGCUAUCGUCGAGAUCGUGAAUGGUACAUCUUUCAUAGCGAUGCGAUCGAUAGCAUCUAAACUCGUAUCUACAAGUGAACUCGGCAAGGUGAAUUCGUUGCUUGGUGUCUGCGAAUCUCUGAUGCCUCUCAUCUAUGGGCCUAUGUACAGUUCCAUUUACGCUGCAACCAUGAAAACGUUUCCAGGGACGUUUUUCAUUGUCGGCGCCUGCAUGACCAUGCCAGCCGUCGUCGCGUUCUUCUGGUUAUACACGGAGCACAGGAAAGAUCGUCAAUUGCUGGAGCAAGAGAAAAAAGCGAAGAGCAAGGAAGGACCAGAAGAGAACGACUCGAAAACUAUGAAAUGGCAAGUCGUUGGCGAGAAAAAGCCAGAAGUUCCUACGAUGAACGGUGUCGCAAAUACAGCUUUCGAAUCUGACCAUUUAUAACACAGAACUUACUAUGGAAAAUAUCCCAUUGAAUAUACAUAAUAUGUAUAUUUCGUACAUCGUUAAGAAAACAAAUUUUUCAGUUAUACUGAAACAACUUCUACAUAUAACUAACUUACACCGAAAGAAAUUUUUCAUUUAACGUACAAAAUGCUAUUAAGGUAUGAGAAAAGAUCCGGAAUAUGACCAUAUUAUCGCGUUUACGCGGUAAAUCUGAAAUAAAGACAAGACGGAAAAGAUGAGAAAGAGAAACCAAAAUCUUAAUAACAAACGAAGUUAUCCACUUACUCGACAUGGAAAGCGCGUUUUAAAUAAAGGAUAACUUUAUUUAUUCAAUCAGAAAUAUAAAAUGCAAAUAGGGAAUGUAAAUGUUGGUAUUCAUGAUCUUUUCAAUCGAUCUUGCCGAUCGAUAAUUCAAAACUGUUAUCCUUUAUUUCAAACCCUAGUACAAACAGUCUCCGGUACUUAAUAAAUAAAUGGUUAACAAUAGACAAUGUAGAACAGACAUGUGUCUGUUCAUGUGUAUCAGUAUUACAAAUGCUACUUGUGUGUACUAUUUCCAAACUACCAAUAUUGAAUGAAAAUACGAAUACGAUAGAGAAAUUUAAAAAAGACAAGAGAUUAUACUUACAAAAUGUAAUGUAACUCUUGGACAAACCGAGACAUGAGUUUCAUCUUGUGUUCGAUAUUCUUAAAUCGAUGUAAGUCUCAUACUCGCGAAGAGAAACCAACAAGAUAUCAUAUAUGUGUAUCGUUUCUUUUAUUUUUCUGUAGAUCAUGCAUUUUACGAGAAAGUACGUCACGUGAACAAAAUCGAUCUGUUGUACGUUUUUAUCAAAAUAGUAUUUAUGUUAAGGUACUGCAUCAUUCACGUACAUACGUGUAUUAUAGUUUAUUAUGUGAUAUAGUACGAUAGUUUUAUAUUUAGAAAAUAAAAAUGGAGUUUACAGAAAAA